AUGUUUGAAGCUCUAAAGGAAGUUCUCGGUGAGAUAAACAACAAGUUGGCGGUUGUGAAUAAUGAGCUGAACUCGAAAAUGUCGGAAAAUCUCGUAUCUCGUCCGGCACCUUCGCCAUCGCAAUACUGCGGGCCGUACAAACUUGAGAAAACACUUGGCAAAGGUCAAACCGGUUUGGUGAAAACGGGAACACAUUGUAUUACGGGCCGCAAAGUUGCUGUCAAAAUUGUGAACAAGGAGAAGCUCAGUGAAUCCGUAUUGCAAAAGGUCGAAAGGGAAAUUGCUAUAAUGAAACUCAUUGAGCAUCCACAUGUUCUUCAUCUUUACGAUGUUUAUGAAAACAAAAAAUAUUUAUAUCUUUUGUUGGAACACGUAAGCGGUGGAGAGUUGUUCGAUUAUCUUGUAAGAAAAGGACGUCUAAUGUCAAAAGAAGCGCGAAAAUUCUUUCGUCAAAUUAUUUCAGCUCUUGAUUUUUGUCAUGCUCAUAACAUUUGUCAUCGCGAUUUGAAACCUGAAAAUUUGCUGUUAGACGAGAGGAAUAAUAUAAAGGUUGCCGAUUUCGGAAUGGCAUCACUUCAAGUAGAAGGAUCAAUGCUUGAAACCAGUUGUGGCUCACCUCAUUAUGCAUGCCCUGAGGUUAUAAGGGGUGAGAAAUAUGAUGGGAGAAAAGCCGAUGUUUGGAGUUGUGGAGUAAUAUUAUAUGCAUUAUUAGUGGGAGCUUUGCCAUUUGAUGACGACAAUUUGAGAAACCUGCUUGAGAAGGUUAAGAGAGGUGUUUUUCAUAUUCCCCACUUUGUUCCUGCCGAUGUUCAAAGUUUGCUGAGAGCUAUGAUUGAAGUUGAUCCCGCUAAACGAUAUUCGCUAGCCGAAGUGUUUCGUCAUCCUUGGGUUUCUGGCGCGUCAAAAGGCGAUCCUGAGUUGGAAUUGCCAAUGUCACAAGUUGUCCAAACUCACGUUCUUCCUGGAGAAGAUAGCAUUGAUCCUGACGUUCUGCGACAUAUGAAUUGCCUUGGAUGCUUUAAAGAUAAACAGAAACUUAUAAAUGAGCUUCUCUCACCGAGGCACAACACCGAAAAAAUGGUGUAUUUCCUGCUUCUUGACAGGAAACGAAGGAAGCCGGCACAUGAGGAUGAUACUGAAAUUGUUCUUCGAAGUGCUGCUCAUAUGAGCGAUCCGCCAAAGAAGAGAACCGACACUACAAAAACAAUACGAUAUCCGGUCGGUAGCAUUGCUGACGGAAGUCCAAUUAAUCCGCGGAAGUCAUAUGGAAGAAGUAGCAAAACAGGAAGGCAUUCGAGCCUUGGAGGCUCCCCCACUGAGUCACCGCGCAGCUCCUCAAGAGAUAUGUUCGGUAGCUCGGGACCGUAUUCGGCGAGAGGAGGGCCAGAAGAUAGAGAAAGAGGAAGAUCAGUAUCGAAUCGCACUAAUAAUAGCUACCAUUACUACACACAACCAGUUGAUCCUCAAACAUUGGCAGAAGCUGCUAGACAGGUCAGAGAAGUUCGAGAGCAGGAGCGUCGUGGUAGCCGAGAUAGUGGAAGAAGUGUAUCAAGAAAAAGUAGCAAAGAUGGAAGAGUUGAAAAGGAAACUCCGAGUACUUCGAUUAAUAAGGAUGAUCAGCAUAAAUAUAGUCCACCCUCAAAAAUGUCUGAGUCAGUGGUUGUGGUUGGAGCUGGAAUGGGAUCCAAUGUGUCAUCUACUAACAGUUUGAUUGCUGGAAAUAGUCAAACCAGCAUUGGAUCAAGUAGCGGUCCGUGGCGCUCAAAGUUGAAUAAUAUUAAGAACUCAUUCCUGGGAACUCCGCGAUUCCACAGAAGAAAGAUGUCGAAUGGAACUGCUGAGAGCGAUGGAGAGGAUAGUCAAAUGAUUGACACUACUGAUCUUGUCAAAAAGUCAUGGUUUGGAUCGCUUGCUUCCAGUAUGAGUGUGGAAAGGGAAGACACUCAUUGUGUUCCAGUUCAAGGCAAAACUUUAAAUGGAAUCAAGGCUGAACUCAUUCGUGCGUUCCUAACGAUUCAUGAAUUGAGUCAUUCCGUAGUUGGGCAGAACUCAUUCCGCGUUGAGUACAAACGGGGAUCAACAGUUGGUGGAAGUGUGUUUAGCAGAGGUGUUAAGAUGAACGUUGAUAUAAUUGCGUCACCACAGCAAGUGAUGACUGGAGAUACACCGACAUACGUUGUUCAAUUCACACUUCUUGCAGGACCUGUUCGUCGAUUCAAACGCCUUGUUGAUCACUUAUCAGCAAUUCUUCAAAAUUCCACACAGCAACGUGCUGAACGGCAGCAGCUUGCGGCAUUGAUGGUUAGACCUCGCAGACUCAGCGAUUCUAGUGUUGGAAGUGCAUGUUCAGAUAGUGAAAGUAACGCAAGUAGUAUCAAUAUGAUAACUAGACAUAAUGAUAAAGCUGAGACGCAUUCAAUGAACGAUCCGUAUAGCCAAAGUCCUUCAAUGCGUUCCGUAGGAAGCAGUACAGGUUCAUACAAAUCGCCAACUCCCCACCGUCGUAAUACAACUGCACUUGUUGAUAGAAAUUCUUCAGUGAAUGCCGCUUCAGCAUCAUCGUCGCCAUCGGCGCAUCGUUAUUCGAGUGCUGCAGCGACGACCGCAUAUCCAUCAGCCUCGGACUACUCCUAUCAUUCAGAUUAUAAGCAGCGCGGCUCUUCCACAAAGGCUCAAUAUAACACCGGAUCUCAACGCGGCUAUGCAUUUUCAGUAUUCAACAAAGCAGACAAUGUUUAA